CUGCCCCAUCUCGGCUUCUCCGCUCAUGAUUCCCCUUCCUUCGCUGCCAAAAUCAACCCGACUCUGCUUAAUUAACCGUCUUCGCCUCAAGCUCCUCAUCAAUUUGUGCCCGUACCUUGCUUCUCUCUUUCAUCGCUUCACCUCCCCUUUUCACAAUCCUUCCAAGCAGCCGCCUUUGUUCGUGCAUCAAAAGGGUGAAUAACAUACUUGCUCGGAAACAGAGUUCUAAAUAUCUCUCCAUAUAGCAGAGUUCUAAAUAUCUCUCCAUAUAGCCCUUUUCUUUCCCCUUCUCCAUAUAGCCAUUUUCUUUUCCCUCCCCAAUCCUUCUGGAAAACAUAGGGAGAGAGACAGAGUCCUGGAUUCCUCUCUAGCACCGGUAGCUUAGAUUUAUUAUUCUGAUAGAUGGAAAAACUGAUGGUGGCUUGAAAUCCGCGCUCUUAAUUCAGCAAUCGGCGCUCCAAGCUUUCAAAAAUCGCAAAUUAUAGACGUUUUGGAAAGAAUUUGUGUUUUAGCGAAUUGGCGCGGGAUCGGCGAGGCCGUAGACGCGAAUUAGGUAACCUAAGUCUUGAUUCAUAGGGAUUGGCCAUGUUGUUUUGGUAUAUUCACGUUUCGUAACUCUACUUCGUUUCAUAUGAGGAAAUGGCAUGUAGGAUAUGAACAUGGCACGAAAUCAAGUUGUGUACUUUUGAUUGUUUCGGCAUUCAAAGUUUCUUCGCUAUCAACUUGAAUGAGGUGUUUUAGUAUGCUAAAUAGGAUGGGUACUUUAUUAUGUUUAUAGCCCUUAGAUCUUGUUAUAAAAUAUCAGCCAUUGGAUUAAAGUUAUUAAUUUUUUUUUACCCGUUGAAAUGGUAACCUGUUGCACCGGUUCGUUGCAUAAUAAUUUUAAAAAAAAUUGAAAUCUAGUCAGGUAAAGCGAUUGAGCUCGUCGAAUCUCAGAGCCUCUCUUUUGCUGUGGGAUUUCAGAGCGUCUCUUCGUAGAUAGUGACGGGGUUGAUUGGCAGUGACGACGAUGGCGAAACUGCAUCUGAAUUAGGGCGACGGCGACAGUGAACCUGCAUCAAGGGGCAAUUGCGACGGCGACGCUGUGAGAAGAAAGAGAUUGGGGUUUUCAAGUUUCCUCUUCCGUGAUUGUGGACUAUGCUCUUCCGCGGUGGGUCUCUUUGACGAUAUUGAAGUUGUUGAGCAUCGGCGACGGGAACAGUGAGAUUGGGUUUCGCGGCGGGUCUCUUGUGAUUGUGCUCUUUCGCGGUAGGUCUCUUCGCCAAUAGUGAAGGGGUUGAUUAGCGGGUCACCGGAGGGAAGAAUUCGAACAAGAUUCAGAGCUGCUUGAUUGAGGGCAAAGUCUGCUCCAAGUUCUCUUCGAAGACGGUGAAGGCGAUGAGUAGAGGGUGACGGCAAGCGAGUGCGACGAGCAAGGUUUUGUGGCAUCUCCAGUCGAGAGAGAAGAGGGUGAGCAGGUCGACGGUGAACCAGAUUCUGAAUUAGGGUUUUCGUGGUGUCUCCUUUCCCGCGAUUGUGCUUCAUCGCCUCUUUGUGUGCCGCUGGCGCGAACACAGUGGUGGUGUUUCCUCGUCGAUAAUGAAGGUGGCGACAGUGACGGCGAACUGGAUCUUCAAAUAGGUUGACGACGACACUGUAACUAGGGACUGAGCAGGGGAUUCAUCGGGUCUUCAAUUGAUUGCAGCUUUGCUGUGUUUCUUCGUUCAAGCUUUCAGGUAAUAAAGAUGAUUCUCAGAUUCUGAAUGUUUCUCCAUUUCUCACUUCAAAUUCGUCUUCCUUCGCCUACUACAUUUCUCUCAACGUCUCACUAAAAGAACCCUAAUCUUGGCCCUCAUAUGUAGAGACAACUAUUCCUUCUUUUUCAUCAUUUUAGCUCACUAUAAGUUUCAAUUAUGAUUGUUCUUGUAUAAUGCUUCUGGGUUUCAUGGAUAGUGUAUUAAAGAUGAUGAAUUGGUGAUCAUCAUUAGGGAAUUGAAGAUUUUCUGUGAGUGUUGGGGUUGUUUGUGUUUUGCGCAACUUGGCCAUCGGGUGGGGUUUGGAAUCUGGAACGGGAUAAUAUUAUUUCCCUUUAUCCAUAGACAAGUUCUAAAUACAAGUGGACUUGCUAUUUGAAAUACUAGUAAUUAACUCUACUUCGACUAUUUCCCAGUUGAGUUCUGAUGAAAUGGAUAACUAUGUUUUGGGGAAAUUUUGGUUCUAUGGUCGUAAAACAAUUCUGAAUUUGAGUUGUGUGAGAAAAGUAAGCUCAUAUUGAUAGUUCGGUGAAAGUGCAGAAUGGGUUAAUGUGCUAGUGUAACUAGAUGUGUAAAAGAAAGGAUGUUCAUCUUAGCCAAUUUGAAUUACUCAUAGGUUCUCUUCUAAAAGUCGACUCUCCAUUUUAGUUCAAUGAACAUGCUCUGAAGAAUUUGUUGACAACAGUAGGCUUAUGAUAGAGAUGUUGAGUUGAUAUUUGGAUGUGAAUAAUGAUGGCCGUAAAGUCUCCAUUAGUACUUAGGUUUUUGGGUAUUAUGUUGGAAUCGAAACCAGACAGUGUAAAAAGAAGAUGUGACUAGCAAGCCAAUUGUUAGUUUCGACUUUAACGAAAACUUGUCUUAGUGGUGGUGGAUCAAGAUGUUUAUUUUGUUUAAUGUGUGGCUAAUAAAAUCACGAAUCACCAUCCUGUAUGUAUUGGGUUAAUUUGUUAAUUGUGGAAAGUUUUUGGUUUCUUUUAGAAUUGAUUAUCUAGUGUUCACAAUCGCUUUGGUGGAAGGAUAAGUAAUGUCAAAUGGCUGCUUGAUUAGUAAUUAGCUCUACUUCUAUUAUCCAAUCGAUUCUUUGACAUCAUGCAACUCAAUUACUACUAAGCAACCAAGAAAGCAAGGGACUAAUACACAAUUUCAUGAGAUAAAGUUCAAGUAGAGAAGGUGUUGAUAUCCCCCUAGCUAGUUGUCAUGCAUAGACCAAACAAAAUUUAGACUCAAUGCUCUUUCAUUGAUCGUAGGAAUUCCCAAAUUAUGUUUUCCAAGAUGCUGAAUAGAGUGCCAUGUCGAGCAUUUCCCUUGUCGGCUUAAUCCCUUGUUGUUUAUUUGACCAGGUGAAGUGUUGAGUCUCGGAUUCAAGGUCAGUUAGCGGAUAAUGGAAGAUGAACUAGGAAAAAAGCAAGCCUAAAUUACUUAAUGCCCCAUCCGUAGUACGUAAUGGUUAAUACAGUAGGAAUCCUUUCUUUCUUCUAGGAUGCUUUUGUAGGGACUUUUUGUAUUAUGAGGGUAAUGACGAUGAGCAAAACAAGGAAAGCAAUGAAGAGGACAAUGACACCAAUGAGGAAGAGGGCAGUGAAGAGGAUGACGAGCGCAAUGACGAUGACCAAAACAAGGAAAGAAAUCAAGAGGACAAAGGGACCAAUGAGGAAGAGGGCAGUGAAGAGGACGACGAGGGCAAUGGCGAUGACCAAAACAAGGGAAAAAAUCAAGAGGACAAAGGAACCAAUGAGGAAGAGGACAGUGAAGAGGACGACGAGGGCAAUGGCAAUGACCAAAACAAGGAAAGAAAUCAAGAGGACAAAGGGACCAAUGAGGAAGAGGGCAGUGACUCUAGCGAGGUCAAUGAAGAUGUGCAAAUCUAGGAAAACAAUGACGAGGAUGAGAACACUAACGAGGAAGAUGGGCAGUGAAGAUGAGCCAACCAAAGUCCUUAGUACUUAGCUAUGUGUGUUUGCGUUUGUGCUUGUAUGUUUUCCAAUUAGAAUAUGAUGAUGCACCGGUGUGGGCUACAUGUAGCUAAACUUAAGCAUUAAUUAGACAGAUUUAAUCAUGUUAU